AUGGCUGCCCGUGAUACGCCGUGGGGACCUCGGAACGCAGCCGGGCUGCUGCUGCUGCUCCUGCUUCAUCUCAGCGCGGCCACCAGGCAGACUCCGUCUGAAGUAGUGGAAGAAAGUACAGAAUCCAUACCCACUGCUUCUUCUGCUACUCCUAAUAUUGUAGAAGACUCCGCAUUUACAAAACGCAUCACAAAUCUCACAACUGCUAGAAAAAACCAGAGUGAAAAUCAAAGUGAAUUGAGUGUAAAAACAAGUACUCAUCCACAUGUCACCAUUGUUUCCUCGGCACCAACACAGAAAAACACCACUCAGGUGGCAGAGAAUGGGGGGAUUUCCACAAUACCUUUCCUCAGUAAAUGGGUAAAACUAAAAACUUCAGCUGAUCAUACAGAUGAACCAACGACUGACAGCCUGAUUGACACAAAACAUGUAGUUGGCACUAACUUGCCAAACACAAAGGAAUAUGAUGAAGAUGACGGCUAUGGCCUUGAAAAGGAAGAUGACAUAUCCAAAAAUAAGGACACCUUAGACAGAGCUGAAACAAAUUACAAAGAGCCCGGUGAUGUAAACUAUGAUUCAGAUUCCAAUGAUUAUGAACUUAGACCUGAUGAGAACAAUUAUGAUCAAGACAGUCACUUCUUUUUGCACUUGGUUCUAGUUGGACUUUUAAUUGCUGUGGUGUAUAUUGCUUACCACAACAAAAGAAAGAUCUUCCUUUUGAUCCAGAAAAGAAGAUGGAGGGACAGCCUGUGCUCAAAGAAUGCAGGUUAUCGUCGUCUGGACCAGAAUGUGAAUGAAGCAAUGCCUUCCCUUCAAAGAACCAAUAAUUAUAAAUUUUAA